AUGAAGAUUAACAUAAUAAAAUGGGAAGAUUCCGAUUUAAAUUUAUUUAGCAACGAAUAUGGAGAAAUAGUCCGUGAAAAAACGGUUAUUCCUGGAGACUUAAUUCAAACUGAACCAAACUAUAUCAGGAGCUCUAGAUUAAUUUCUACAGCGUGUGGAUAUCUUGAAAGUCUUAAUAAAUUAAUAUAUACUAAGCCUUUGGGUGGUAGGUACAGUGCUGAAGUUGGGGAUAUUGUAGUUGGAAGAGUUGUAGAAGUAUCGAACAAGAAGUGGCUAAUUGACAUAUGCUCCACUCAAUUUGCGCAAUUAUCUCUGGCUGCAAUUAGUCUUCCUGGGUCUGUCCAAAGAAGACGAACAGAAGAAGAUUCAUUAUAUAUGAAGUCUAUUUUAGAUGAAGGCGAUGUGAUUUGUACAGAAGUGCAGCGAAUUCAAAGUGAAGGUAUUUGUCAUCUUCACACUAGAAGUGCGAAGUAUGGAAGACUUGCAAAUGGAAUGCUUGUCAAGGUACCAAAUAAGUUAAUUCAGAGACAGGCACAACAUAUUGUUAAACUUAAAUAUGGAAUACAGCUUAUUCUUGGGUUAAAUGGAUAUGUCUGGAUAUCUCUCCCGUUUGAACAUUCACAUACAGAUACCCUUAACUAUUCCUCAUCGUCUGUAAAACCAGAAGUUGUGAACACAAAUAUAAGGAAGUCAAUGGUGAUAUUGGCAUUUAUAAUUAAACUCUUUGGUUCAAAUAAUAUACAAAUAACUCCAGAGCGAAUUUGUAAAGUAUUUGAUCAUUUUUCAGUAUUAAACUUAUCAUUUAAGUAA